AACAUCGCUUAUCACUCAACCUUCAUACAGGUUGAAAAAUAUCCAUCGAAUCUCAGAACGAAAACAUAAGAAAAAACAGGAAGAUUGUCAUAUAUUGAGGACUCUACAAGUGAUUGAUUCUUGAGUACUCCGCAGUGGAAUUAACAUUAAUAUCACAACGAACUUUCACCACCUACACCCGUCACGUUGAUCCUGCAGGUUACUGCAAUCGUAAAUAGCACGAUGGGAUUAUUCAAAGUCGUUCCACAUGAUGAAUCACGAAGGAUCUUCAUCAGAGCAGAAACAAUCGCUGAAGCAAUUACCAGUGCUAAAGAGAAAUUACAGUUAACGGGCGAAAAGUACCAGUUGGUCUUACAAGAGGAUGGCACAGAAAUCGAUAACGAUGGAGUAUUGCUCGAGAUGGCUAAUAAUUCAGCUAUAACGUUAACACUUAUGGUAUUGCCUGAUGCAGUUAAGUACGCGACUGGACUGGUUCAGCCCUCGACAUCAGGCGUCACAGCAGCGGUUGCUUCAUCACCGACCGUUCAAUCUCAACCAGCACGGGAAGAUGACCGAAACUUGUGGGAUACUUUUUCACCAGCUCUGUUAGAGAGAUGUCGCGAAGAGUAUAUGUAA